CGGAAGAUGGCUCAGAAGAACGCUCUGGUUAGGAAGUUGCCUAGUGUGGAGACGCUUGGCUGCACAACUGUGAUAUGCUCUGAUAAAACUGGGACUUUGACGACUAAUCAGAUGGCUGUUUCGAAGCUUGUUGCUAUGGGUUCUAGAGUUGGGACUCUUCGGUCUUUUAAUGUUGAGGGGACUUCUUUUGAUCCUCGAGAUGGGAAGAUUGAAGAUUGGCCUGUGGGUAGGAUGGAUACAAAUCUUCAGAUGAUUGCCAAAAUUGCUGCUAUUUGUAAUGAUGCGAAUGUUGAGCAAUCUGAGAAUCAGUUUGUUGCUAGGGGCAUGCCUACU